UCUUUUCUGGUUUUAGUCUUCUGCUUCUGUUCCUUCUGCUUUACUUUUGACAAGGUGCAUCGUGUAUAUUUAUUAAAAGAACGACACGUUAUGCAAUAUCUGAUUUUUCAUAAUGUCUUCAUAUAAAACCGAAAGAUAAGCUAAAACUAACAUUAAUAAGGAUGAGAAUAACCGGCUAGUGUGUUAACUCUGAGGGAUUUCUAACAUGAUAUUUGUUUUACACACGGCAAAACUCUGUCGGAAAAUAUCAUGUCCAACUUUGUCGAAAACACUCGCUGUUACCUUUUCUGCUGGGGCAGGGAAACCAGCAGUAAAACCAUCACCAUUGCAAGAACCGCCUUGCCUUAUAGUGUCAAACAAGCAAAGAGCACACACAAUUGUUGCCAAUCCAAAGUUUAUGUUUCCUCCUGACAUAACAGAAAUACCUAGUCCAACUUCCACCGGUGAUUCAAAGCCUCUUCGGAAUAAAAUUACUCAUAUUGUCCAAGAAAUUCCUGUAAAGAAAACAGUGAAAUGGAAAUUUUUUGAAUUCGAUGCAACGAAACUUCAUAAAUAUUGUCUGAUGCUCUCUAAGGCAAGACUUACCUCUCUAGUAGUCAUUACAGCAAUGGGUGGAUAUGCAAUGGCACCUGCUCCUUUUGAUUUAUAUACUUUCAGUAUGUGCUCCCUUGGCACUGGCUUAGUUUCGGCAUCGGCUAAUGCUAUAAAUCAAUUUUGCGAAGUUCCCUUUGACGCUCAAAUGAAUCGUACAAAGAAUCGAGUACUAGUCCGUGGCUUUCUUGCACCAAUGCAUGCUGUUGUGUUUGCGGGAUUAUCUGGCACCUUAGGAUUGGCGCUAUUAUAUUCACAAGUGAACACUUUGACGGCAGCCUUAGGCGCUGCUAAUCUAGUUUUAUAUACCCUUAUUUAUACACCCAUGAAACGAAUCAGUAUUCUUAACACGUGGAUCGGUUCAGUUGUGGGUGCAAUCCCACCCUUGAUGGGUUGGGCCGGCUGCUUCGGAGACAUAUCUUCGCCUGGUGCUUGGAUCAUGUCUGGGAUAUUGUACGCCUGGCAAUUUCCCCAUUUUAAUGCACUUUCAUGGAAUUUACGACCUGACUAUUCUAAAGCCGGAUACAGAAUGAUGGCGGUAUCGAAUCCAGAGCUUUGUCGAAAAACGGCCCUACGAUAUACGGCAGCUUUGAUGGUUCUUUCGUAUCUGGCCCCGAUGUUGGACGUUACGAAUUGGUGGUUUGCUGUGAUAUCUACACCACUCAAUAGUUAUUUCCUCUACUUAGCCUAUCAAUUUCACAAACAAUCGGACAGUGCGACUUCACGUAAAUUAUUUCGUUUUUCGCUCCUACAUCUGCCAGCAUUGAUGAUCCUUAUGCUCGUCUGCAAGAAAUACUGGUUCAUAGAUUUGAAAGGAAACAAGGACAAAGUGUCGAUUAGCGAUGAGAAAAAUCAGGAUAGAAUUGCUACAACUAUGACGCGAUUUUUUUCACCAACGUCUGCUUAAUAAAAUUGUUAAAACAACUAUUGUGGAAUUAUUUCCAGCAUUAAUAGUACACUUGUUACUAUCACGUUAACGCGUUGUACAACUUGUAAAUCUGUAAAAUAAUUGUUAGUGAAAAUAUUUGUAAGAUACGAAGUCUCAUAGAAAUAUAAGAGAUGCGAUAUAUGCGUUUUA